UGAGGUGUCAAAUCUCAAGAUUCCUCAAGUAAUGCUCCCCACUCUCUUCAAAGUUCUGGCCCCUACAUCUCUUUCUAUAUAAGCCACUCUCAUUCAUCAUCUCUGCAUCAAAUACUCAAAGCCUAUCUCUUUCUCACACUCUAUUUCCUUUAGUUACUCCCUUCUUCGCUUCUCAGUUUAUUCAUCUUUAGCCUUCUUUUACAAUUUUCUUGAGCUCCAAUGGCAACUGUUGAGGUAGUAUCAGCACAGACUGCCCUUCCAGCAGAGGAAAAAAUAGAAGAACCGAAGGCACCAGAGACCGUAAAAGAAGAGGCUGCAGUCACUGUAGAAGCACCAACAGCAGAGCAAGUAGUAGCUGAUGAAAAGCCAAAGGAAGAAGAGACAACUGAAGAACCUGAGGCACAAAAGAAUGAUGAGACUCCAACUGAAGCAGUUGAGACUACAGAGGUGGUAGAAGAUCAGACUAAGGAGGUUGUCGUCACAGAAGAGCCAGCAGCGGUAGAAAAAACUGAAGAAGAAACUCCUAAGGAAACACCUGAGGAGCCUGCUGUUGUGGAGGAGACUAAGGAGGAGUCUCCAAAGGAGGAGCCUGAGGUGGCGAAAGAGACAACCGAGUCUGCUGAUGCACCAGCAGCAGAACCAGAAGCUGAACCAGCAGUUGAAGCCCCAAAAGAUGAAGUUAAGGAAGAAGUUGAGGAGAAGAAGGAAGAAGCAGAAGUUGCAGCUGAGAAGACUGAGUAAAGAGAAUAGUUGUGUGGUUUUUCUGAAAGUUAUUCACUUAUUGGUCUAGUGGGUACUUAGUGAUGUUCCUAUCUAGCUAGUUUGUGAUUGAAUAAGGGUUAUUUAGCUUAAUGGGGUUUGAGGAUUCUAGGUAAUGGGAAAUGGGGAAUGUCCUACUUUGGAUUGCUUGAACCAAAGCCAACUCACCACAUGGCGGCAGACGUGCACAUUGCUACAAUACUAAGGAGAUGUUUUGGGUCUAUACUGUGCAAAUUUAUGUAGGGGGGUCUGUGUCUUUUUGGUUUAAGCAAGUCUGAUGAGUUUUAUAUUUUAUUAUGGUUGGUUGAUGUUUGUAAUAACAAUAGUGUAUGUUAGUACUUUUGUUUAAUAAUUUUAGCACAUGCAUAUUCUAUACA